AUGACGGUGAAGAAAAAAACACCUUCUCCAAUCCAAAUCACGGCGGAGCAGAUUAUUGGCGAGGCUAGACAACUACGUCUUCAAAAGCACAAAAUCAGCGUUCCAAAGCUCCGUCUCCAGAAAAGGGAUGAUGAAGAUUUGUAUAGGAGGUAUCUGGCAUUUCAGAAACAGUUUGGUGACAAGAAUGCAAUUGAUUAUGCUAUUUCUUGGAGAAAAAGAUUUGAGUAUGAAGAUCAAGUCAAGAAGAAUCCUUUCAAUUACGAUUCUUGGUUCGAUUAUACGCGCUUAGAAGAAAGCGUAGGGAACACGGAAAGAAUAAGGGAGAUUUACAAGAGAGCUGUAGUUAAUGUUCCUCCGGCUGAGGAGAAGCGAUACUGGCAACGCUAUAUCUAUCUGUGGAUUAAUUACGCCCUUUUUGAAGAGAUUGAUGCUGGAGAUAUCGAGCGAACAAGAAAUGUAUACAAGGAGUGUCUCAACCUGAUUCCUCAUCACAAGUUUACGUUUUCAAAGAUAUGGCUUCUAGCAGCCCAGUUUGAAAUUCGUCAGUCGAAUCUCAAAGGCGCACGUCGAAUCUUGGGAAACGCUAUUGGAAAGGCUCCUAAAGAUAAGAUAUUUAAGAAGUAUAUAGAGAUGGAAUUGCAGCUUGGUAAUGUAGACCGAUGCAGACGACUGUAUGAAAAAUAUCUGGAGUGGUCACCUCAGAAUUGCUACGCAUGGAUAGAGUAUGCGGAGUUGGAGAGAUCGUUAUCUGAGACCUGGCGAGCUAGGGCAAUAUUUGACCUUGCAAUUGGUCAGCCAGCAUUGGACUUGGACAUGCCUGAGUUGUUGUGGAAGGCAUACAUCGACUUUGAAGUUGCUGAGUGCGAAUUCGAGAAAGCAAGAGUGCUUCACAGAAGGCUUCUUGAAUUCAAUUAUAUAUUCCCCGAGGAAACUCAGAGAUCCAAUCUCAAGAUUUUGGAAGCUGCUUACAGAUGGAAGAAGCAGAAAUUGUCUUCUGAAUUCUGA